AUGAUAAGGUAUUUUAGUCUUAACAACCAUGGAAAACCGAGAUUAUCCAAAUUUUAUCGUAUUUUCAAUGAAGAACUACAGCAGCAAAUAAUUAAAGAAACUUUCCAAUUUUUUCCAAGAGAGAUUGACAAUGUUUGUAAUUUUUUGGAGGGGGGAAGUCUCAUUGGAGGGUCGGAUUACAAGUUGAUAUACCGACAUUAUGCGACCUUAUACUUUGUCUUCUGUGUGGAUUCUUCGGAGAGUGAACUGGGCAUCCUUGACCUGAUCCAGGUGUUUGUGGAGACUCUCGACAAAUGCUUUGAGAAUGUCUGUGAACUGGAUCUCAUCUUCCAUGUAGAUAAGGUACAUUACAUUCUGAAUGAGCUGGUGAUGGGUGGCAUGGUGCUGGAGACCAACAUGACAGAAAUCAUUACAAGAAUAGAUGACCAGAACAAGUUGGAGAAACAAGAGAGCCCUUAUAAUUCUGCGACCCCUGGAAACAUUAGAGCUGGACUAGCGGCAGCCCCAGCUCGUGCUGUGUCAGCGGUGAAAAACAUGAAUUUGCCACAGCAAAUCAAGGACAUCAAGUUGCCAGAUCUGCCUGCAGCUAUUAAGGAUCUGAAAUUCUGACCUAGAAUCCAAAGGAAUGUGAAUGUUUUGUAUGUAAUGUAUGGUUAGGUGUUUUGUCUGUUUGUGUUUUUGCUUUUGUUUGUUUGUUGUAUAAAGAAGGAGACAUGGAUAUAAAAAGGGAGACAUGGAUA